AGAGAGUGUGUGUUUUCAUUUCAUUUCGGAUUCAUUUGAUUUUCAUUUCACAAUUCUUCCAUUCCACCUUCAUUUUCCUCUCGCUCUGUUUCUAUACUAUACUUUUUGUACAUUCAUAUACAAUUUCCUGCAAUUUUUAGAGAGAGACAAAGAGAGAGAGAGAUUCCAUGAAUGGAGAUGAAUCUCAAAACUAGAAAAACGAUGAGAAAAAUGCAAGUCUUCGAGUGACGAUCGGACGAUUCAAAACCCGAUCCAGAGUGAAACCCUAAUUUUCUGGAUCGAAUCGAUUGAAUCGAAAUCUUCGCACUUAGCGAAUCAAUUUUUGAGGUCCGAUCUUUGGUAGCUGUUUUAGAUCGGAGAGAGAGAAAGAGAGAGAAUGCCUUCGCAUGCGGAUCUGGAUCGGCAGAUCGAGCACUUGAUGGAGUGCAAGCCUCUGACGGAGGCUGAGGUGAAGAUACUAUGCGAUCAAGCUAGGGCUAUUCUUGUUGAGGAAUGGAAUGUACAGCCGGUGAAGUGUCCUGUCACGGUGUGUGGUGAUAUUCAUGGACAGUUCUAUGAUCUGAUCGAGCUGUUUCGGAUAGGCGGAAAUGCUCCGGACACCAAUUAUCUUUUCAUGGGAGAUUACGUUGAUCGUGGGUACUAUUCAGUGGAGACUGUCACACUUUUGGUGGCUCUGAAAGUUCGUUAUAGAGAUAGAAUUACAAUCCUUAGAGGAAAUCAUGAGAGCCGGCAAAUCACUCAAGUGUAUGGUUUUUAUGAUGAAUGCUUAAGGAAGUACGGAAAUGCCAAUGUCUGGAAGUAUUUUACUGAUCUUUUUGAUUAUCUUCCCCUUACAGCACUGAUUGAGAGUCAGAUUUUCUGUUUGCAUGGUGGACUUUCGCCUUCUUUGGAUACGCUAGACAAUGUCCGAGCUUUGGACCGUAUACAGGAGGUUCCACAUGAAGGACCAAUGUGUGAUCUCUUAUGGUCUGAUCCAGACGAUCGAUGCGGGUGGGGAAUAUCUCCCCGUGGAGCUGGCUAUACUUUUGGACAGGAUAUAGCAGCUCAGUUCAACCACACCAAUGGCCUCACGCUGAUUUCAAGAGCCCACCAGCUUGUCAUGGAAGGUUAUAAUUGGUGUCAGGAAAAGAAUGUCGUGACUGUAUUUAGCGCUCCGAACUACUGCUACCGGUGUGGGAACAUGGCUGCGAUUCUAGAAAUUGGGGAGAACAUGGAUCAGAAUUUCCUUCAGUUUGACCCGGCACCUCGGCAAAUUGAGCCUGAUACUACGCGUAAGACUCCUGAUUAUUUUUUGUGAUCGCAAUAUCUGAAUCGGUUGCCAUUAUUGGUGUUGCUGUAGAUGUGUCUUUAAGGGAGAGAGGAAGUUUUCCUUGUUUGAGGGUCACUGUCAAUCAACAUCAUUCUUUUUGUUUCGAGUUUGCUCUGCUGCUGAAUUCAAUUAUGUGCUCAAAGAACGAGAGAGAGAGAGAGAGAGAGAGAGAGAGAGAGAGAGAGAGAGAGAGAGAGAGAGAGAGAGAGAGCUGAUGGAAAGGCACGAAGAGUCUUGUUUUUUCUUGCUUUGUAUAUUUUUUGGGGAGGAGGAAGCAGCAAAUGACAUUUGGUAUAUUGUGUUUACUGUAAUUUUACAAUUUUAAGGUAGGAAGCAGAUUUGGGAAUGGAUGUUGGUCGGUUGCCCGUUUUCACUGACAAUAGUGACAAAUUGAGAAUGUGAGCAACGGUUAAAAUAAUUUUAUAGAAUUGAAUUAUGUGUCGUUUGGACAGAGCUUUCUUCCGCAAUUGUUUUGGAUUGAGGGGGGAAAGAGAAGUGAUGAAUGAGAUUGGGUUUCUUAAAGUACAACCAAAUCAAUUGAUAUUUCUAGACCUCA